AACUACCGUCUGUCGUCUUAAAUUCAUAAAUGUCAGUUGAUUUCAAUCCAUUUAAAGAAACGUAUUAAAAACAUUUAGUUUAACGGUAGAAUUGCGAAAAACUUGUUUUAGAGGAAUUGCUAUCGGUAUAAUUCUCCUGAGUGUCUCAUUUCGUUUACAAAGAUGAAUUUUAUUCAUACCCCUGCUAGGAGCACCUUCAACGCUGAAAAUGCUCAUAGCAAUAUUCAACGGAAAGCAGGAUCCAGUGUACUGCAGACCAGAACUCCGUUUCAGGAUAAAGCGGUGAAUUGUCGUGCUCCGAAUUCCACUUUUAAAAAACCUAAUGCCGAUAUACCCACUAAGCAAAAUGCUAAAUCGCUCCACCGGCCUACGCGAACAGAUACGGAAAUCUUAGAAGAUUUCUGUUACACGGACUAUGACGAGCAAUUCGAAGAAUUGUACUCCAUUCCUUUGAGCGAAAAUGACAUUUUUACUUUUCUCAACAAUUAUCUUGAUGCAGAAACACCACCCCCAUCCCCGAAGAGGCUUGCAGAACUUGAUACCUCAGUAGAGGAACUUAACGAUGAAGAGUUAGAGCCAAAUUACAAGGAUUACUUUGGAACGCCUCUAUUCAAAAGUUCAUUUGAGAAUGAAACUAACUUGUUUAAUAUUCGCUGCCCAACACCUCCUGUAUAUUAGGCAUUGUUAUCUGUAUUACCGUGUGUUUAGCAGAUGUUAACUUUUUUGUGUUCUAUAAUAGCUGUGCAUAUUGAUUAUUUGUUUAAAUUGCCUGUAAUAAAAGGUGUAAAAUGAAUUAUA